AUGUUUCGUUCUCACUUUCUUUCUCACUUUCCCCGCUUUCUUCCCAUCGCUCACUUUCUUUGUCUGUCUCUCUCUUGUUCUCUCUCUCUCUCCCUUUCUUUCUUUCCCUCUCUCUCUCUUUCUUUGCCUAUCUCUCUCUCUCUCUUGCUCUCUCUCUCUCUUUCUUGCUUGCUUGUUCUUUCUUUCUUGCCCUCUUUCAAAACGUCUAUCUAUCUAUCUAUCUAUCUGUGCCAAUCUCAUUUAAUGUAUAUAUGCAUGUCCGUAUGCAUCUAUCUAUGUAUCUAUCUGUGUCAUUCAAUCUGUCUCAUUAUAUCUAUCAUUUUAUUUAUCUAUAUCUGUGUCAAUAACAUUCAUUCAAUCUAUCUAUCUAUCUAUGAGAAAGAAUAUGCGGACCUGUUCGUCUACUCUUUGUUAUGUGUGCGUGUGUGUUUUUAUUAUCUUUCUUCUGUUUUUAUCUAUCUAUCUAUCUAUCUAUCUAAUUUUGUUCAUGAUCUCUAUCUAUCUAAUUUUGUUCAUGAUCUCUAUCUAUCUAAUUUUGUUCAUGAUCUCUAUCUAUCUAAUUUUGUUCAUGAUAUCUAUCUAUCUAUCUAUCUAUCUAUCUAUCUAAUUUUGUUCAUGAUCUCUAUCUAUCUAUCUAAUUUUGUUCAUGAUCUCUAUCUAUCUAUCUAUCUAUCUAAUUUUGUUCAUGAUCUAUCUAUCUAUCUAUCUAAUUUUGUUCAUGAUCUAUCUAUCUAUCUAUCUUUGUUCAUGAUCUAUCUAUCUAUCUAUCUUUGUUCAUGA